AUGGUCGGUGUCGUUCGAGAAAGAGAGGAAGGCGAGCGAGAUGAUCGAGCCACGUUCACGGACCUGAAGAAGGCCAGAAAGGAAGACUGCUCUUUGAUGAUGCGUGGCUUCAAUAAGGUCGCCUCCCCUACCCAGAAUGCAGAGCGCAUCUUGAAGAUGUUUCGAGACCAGAAAGGGGUCAACAUUGGUACAACUGUUGAUUUGUAUGAGCACGGCCUUCAAACAGCGACUCGGGCUUUCCGAGAUGGAUGCGACGAGGAGACGGUGGUGGUCGCCUUGUUGCAUGACCUUGGGGAAUGUUGGUCGCCUAUCAAUCACGGUGAGAUAGUUGCCAGCUUGUUGCGCCCGUACAUCAGCCCGCAGAAUUAUUGGGUACUUGUUCAUCACGAGCUGUUUCAGGCAUAUUACUACCAGGAUGCUUUCGAACUGAAAGAAAAAAACUCCAGAGACAGGUUCAAGGACAGCCCUCAUUGGAAGGCCUGCGAGACCUUCUGCGAGAAGUACGAUUCGCCUGCCUUCGAUCCCGAAUACGACUCCCUGCCGCUCGAGCAUUUUGAGCCUAUGGUAAUCCGGAUCUUCAACCGGAAGCCAUAUGUGGCCAGCAAUUGCGGCGAGGACAGCGAGGUGAACAAAGCUAAGAUGACCCUGGCGGAGGCUUAUCCCUCUCCAGAAGAGCUGGAGGACCGCCGAGCCACGACCAGCGAGCUGAAGAGCGUUCUUCCUGGGCACUUCCUGGCGCAUCCCACGCGGGCGGGGAGGGCAAAGGCUACGGCUGCGGCGGCCGUCGCGAGCGGCGAAGCCUUUGCGCCGAUGACGCAAAAAGAAGUGUCACUGAUUUCCAGAACGCGGUGUCACGCGCUUUUGCUCGAGAUCUGCCAAGAGGGAACAUUCCGAGGGGCAGCCUCGAAAGCAAACGGCCAAACAUUUUCCAAGUCCUGUCCACCUUGUCCUCGGACAGAAGCAUCAACACCAUCCCCCACUGCAGAGCUUCGAGCUUCGAGCUUUGCCGUCGCCCCCAUGCGGCCAUACUCGAUCGAGGUUCGAUCCUACCAGGAGGAACUGAAGCAAGAAGAGGACUUGCUCAAGGAGCGUGAAAAGGAGAUCCGAGCAAGACGGGAGGCCAGACGCUUGAAAGAGACACGCCAGCGUCUAUCAGGCAGUGGCGAAAGCUUACGGGCCAAGCUGCAGGAGAAGCUGCAGAAGCAGUGCGAGAGAGAGCAGCAACUAGAGCAGGCGCUGCGGGAACUGCAGCCGAUCUCGAGGACCCAAGGAGGGUGCAAGGAGGGCCAGUGGCUUCUUCGGAUUGGAGCUCUGCAAGAUGAGCUGAAGCAGAAGAUCGAGAAAGUCCACGCGUUGAAAGCCAAAGAGGAGCAGCUCGAGGCCGAGCUGCGAGACCGGCUCCAUGCCGACACGGAGCUGCUACCAGCACUGCGCCUGGCGGCAGCUGAGCUUUGUGCAGCGCAAGAUGCCUCCCUUCCUGUCGGGCAGACGCGGCCCAGGUCGUCACUGGACCUCUCCCAGGUGCCCCAGAAAGUGCCACAGCUGCCAGAGAGGCAGUCAAUAUCGCAGAUAUCGUCGCUAGCACAGGCACCGCAGCUUCCAGCGCGUCACCCGGUGCAGGUGCCAACGCUGCCAGAGCGGCAGUCGGUUGCAGAGAUUCCGCCAUUUCCAGAGCGUCCACCGCCGCAGGUGCCGCAGCUGCCGGAGCGGCAGCCAGUGGCUGCGUGGCACGCAGAGGCAUCUUCGCGAGGCUCCAUGUCUCCAGCUGCACAGAUCCAGACGUUUCCGAUGCAGCAGGUGAGGGACCCACCAGAACUGGCUGUCCAAGUGGCCACAUCGGCUAGCUUGAGGAGUGGCCAAUUCGUGGAGGGCCACCCCGAAGUUCAAGCAUUUUCGAUGCCUGUGGAGUCAAUACCUUCUGUGCCGCGGGAUCGAGCCACCAGUGCCUCCAUCUCGCGGGACAGGUCGACUUCGAUUCGAAGACUCGAUGCCUCGCUUCCGGAGCCAGGAUUUCAGAUGGAGGCGCAGGCGCAGGCGCGGCGCAGCGCCAGUCUGGUGGACGCUACGCGAGCAGGGAUCGGAACAAUACCUGCUCCUGCUGCCAGCGUGCUGACGCUGCCGCUGUCCAGUCGGCGGCAUCCGGCGGCACAGACAGUGCCACCAACAGUCCCGGCACAGGUGCUUGGCACUGUCGCGGCUCCGGUGAGGUCUGCCAGCUCCAGCUUGAGGCUUCCGGUCUAUACAGGUGGUGUGGCUCCAGUGGCUCCCAUGGCCAUGCCUAUCCACGGUUUCUCGGGAGGCCAGCCAGGAGCACUACCCGUAGCUCAGAUGCAGACCAUGCCGAUGACGUUUCCAGGCCGGCGGUUCACUUGA